AUGCGAUCCUGGACCCAGCAGCACAGGGGGGUCGCGCUGGGCCGGGCCACUGGUGCCAUCGACGCAUCCUGCACCCCGCUGGGACGUCCACAGGACCGUGUAUCUCAGAUGUCACACUGUGUCAACGCCGGGUUGCCAGCCACGAGGCCUACAUCACUACACACCCCGAGGGAAGUCGAGAUUCCGGGACGCAGUGAGCAGCUGAUGAUGCAAAUCCCGCCAGUAUCGCCCUCAGCUUUGUUUGCAGAGUCUCGGAUGGCGCACGGGGGACUCGCGUGUCGAACGAACAGCGACCCCGGGUCCAUCCUCCAUGUCGCUGAUAGGCAGGGUUGCACGCGGGCCGCUUCGGCACAGUCCUUUCUCUAA